GCAGCCGGAACCAGCUUACUGCUCAUUAACUGGGUUUCUGGAGGUUUUCUGGGGGUUUUACUGGUUUUAAUGGUUCACCAUGAACUUCUGUGAAGCCAAGUCGGAGCUGAAGCAGCUGCUGAGCAGAGUGGAUCCGUCCGAAAUGCCGAAGCUGCUGGACUGGAUGAAGAACUCAGAUGAUCUCGAUGAUCUUCUUCUCGACAACAGAACUGUGAUCCUUCAGAACAUCGCAGACGACCUCAGAACUCGUCUGCCUCUAGACGCCAUGUUACCGUCUGAGGCCGCCGCCCACCACAAGAUGCAGCAGUGUUCGCGGCCGACGCUCCACGUCGACAGCUUCCUGUACGAUGACGACCAGGUGGACUCUCUGUGUGAGAGCGGAGCCAUGAGCAGGAGCUACUGCCUCGCCUGUGGAUCUCAGAGAACAGCGGCUCUGGACUUCGUGUCUCAUUCGUUCUCCAUCUCGGAGCUUCGCUUCCUUUUCCAGAACGUUCUUCCAGAUCUGAGCGGGAGAACGUUGGUGGACGUCGGAUCCAGACUGGGAGCAGUUCUGUACGGGGGGUUCGUCUACAGUUCGGCCUCUCGGCUCUUCGGUCUGGAGAUCAGCAAGGAGUUUGUCGCGCUGCAGAACGAGAUGCUGCAGAAGUUCAGACUGACUGACAGAGUUCAGGUUGUUCACGCUGACGUCUGCACGCAGGAAGUCCUGCUGCAGAACGCCGACGUCCUCGUCAUGAACAACGUCUUCGAGUAUUUCAUGGAGCCCAGCGAACAAAUCAGAGCCUGGAGGUUCAUCAUUCACAGCUUCAGGAAGUCAGGUUCUCUCCUCGUCACGGUUCCCAGUUUGCAGGAAAGCCUGAGCGCUCUGCAGCAGGAGGUGCUGCAGCCCGGCUGGGUGGAGGAGCUACCUGUGGACUACGGCGUUUACCUGGGCAGAGACGCCGACCCCGACAGCCUCCGGCAGAUACACCUGUACAGGGUCAUGUGACCUCGGACUGCUUACGUGUACAGGGUCAUGUGACUUUGGACUGUUUACCUGUACAGGGUCAUGUGACCUCGGACUGCUCACCUGUACAGGGUCAUGUGACCUCGGAGCGUUCACCCGUAUGGGGUCAUUUGAACUCCGAGUUUUCGCCUGAACAAGUCAUAUGACCUCAGACUGUUUAUCUGUACAGAGUCAUGUGACCUCAGACCGUUCACCUGUACAGGGUAAUGUGACCUCGGACUGUUUACCCGUAUGGGGUCAUGUGAACUCCGAGUUUUCGCCUGAACGAGUCAUGUGAUCUCAGACCGUUCACCUGUACGGGUCAUGUGACUAAUUUCAACCAGUCACAUUCCUGAGUUGGUCUGAGUUACAUUUUUGAUUAUUUUAUAAAUAAACACAAAGACAUCCA